ACAAUCGCCGGUUGUGUGUUGUAUGUGCGCUGACGCUUUUGUUUACUUGUGAUGCUCUUCCUACCCUUCAUUUGAUUUUACACAAUAGUUUUUAUUCUCGUUCCCCGUCCACGUUUUUAAAAGAACUAUUUUUCGACCGUAACGUUGAAAGCUUCUCAUCAGUCAAGUUGUGCUUUGGAUUGUGACAUGCAUCUGUAAAGGGAUUGUCAAGCUUCCAUCACGUACAAAGCAGCUCCAUGGAACCCAGCAAUGAUGUGGCGCUUGAUAUCAUCAUUACUAACGUUGUGUCUGUCUUCAGAACCAGAUGCCAUCUAAACCUACGCACUAUCGGUCUGGAAGGCACUAAUGUAAUCUACAAACCAGAAGUGGGAAAAGUCCUGAUGAAGCUUCGAAAGCCACGUAUCACUGCCACUAUAUGGUCGUCAGGGAAAAUCAUUUGCACUGGAGCAACAAGUGAGGAGGAGGCCAAAUUGGGUGCUCGACGGCUGGCCCGCUGUCUGCAGAAGAUUGGAUUCAAGGUGCGGUUCUCUGAGUUUAAGGUAGUCAAUGUGCUGGCAGUGUGCUCCAUGCCUUUUCAGAUCCGUCUUAUUGAGUUCACCAAGAAUAACAGGCCCAUUGCCAGCUAUGAACCUGAACUCCAUCCAGCUGCAUCAUACAGGAUCAAAACCCUCAGGAGUACAAUACAAGUGUUUUCUACCGGCAAUAUUACUGUUACGGGACCAAAUGUGCAGACUGUGGCAUCUGCAGUGGAGCAGAUUUAUCCUCUUCUAUUUGAGUGUCGGAAAACACCGGCAUAGAACACCCACAGUCAUAGGCACCGGUUUGAAUUAAGCACCUUAUCAUUGAACGUUUAAGGCUUGUAACUGUUGUACUGUAUGUGUCUACAAGGCAGCUUUUGCCAUUUCACGUCCAAGCGGGUCUGGGUCGUGUGUUGUCAGAGUCAUGCCUUUGAACGUUGACCUUGGUGUCUGAAUCUCACUCGGAAUAAUGACGACCUCUUAAAGCUCAGAAGAGGACCAUCAGUGCAUUGACAUUGUGUUGCAGACAUUGUGUAGUUUAUAAACACUUGACCUAACUGUAUUACGAUGCAUGGACACCAAAGUUAAAGCUGGCAGACGUUUAAGAUCGCAUUUUACUGAAACUUUUAGCUAAUUUGAUUUGAGUAAUAUCUUUAUGGCUCAUUGAAUGAUACCAGGCAUCUGGAUUUAGAGGGCAAACACUUCACAUUUAAACAGCUGAUGUUGUAUAUCUGGUGUAUGCUGUUGGAUAGAAACACUCUGGGAUCAAAAGGAGUCUUUGGUCCACGUUUAUGUAAUAUGUGAAAACUUUUUGUAUUUUAUAAUAAAAUAAGCCCUAUAUUAACUGA